AGGAAGUGACCAAUCUCACUCCUGGACACUAGUUACAAGCCAAGCCUUAGAUACUGCCUGGAGACUAGCAAAGGGCUCCGUGACAUUGGCAGUUUCAUUUCUGGUGACCACCCUCUGCUACUUCAAGAGACUGCAUUUAUAUGUGGGGCACCAACUGAAAUGGUGGAUUGGAUAUCUGCAGAGAAAAUUCAAAAGGAACCUCAGCGUGGAGGCAGAAGUUGAUUUACUCAGUUAUUGCGCAAGAGAAUGGAAAGGAGAAACACCUCGUGCCAAGCUGAUGAGGAAGGCUUAUGAGGAGCUGUUUUGGCGACAUCAUAUUAAAUGUGUUCGACAAGUAAAGAGAGAUAACUAUGAUGCUCUAAGAUCGGUGCUAUUUCAGAUAUUCAGCCAGGGCAUCUCUUUUCCAUCCUGGAUGAAGGAAAAAGACAUUGUUAAGCUUCCUGAAAAACUGCUGUUUUCACAAGGUUGUAAUUGGAUUCAACAAUACAGUUUUGGUCCUGAGAAGUAUACAGGUUCAAAUGUGUUUGGAAAGUUGCGUAAAUGUGUGGAAUUAUUGAAAACACAGUGGGCUGAAUUUAGUGGAAUUAAAGAUUAUCACAAGAGAGGAAGUAUGUGCAACAUCCUUUUUUCUGAUGCCAUUCUGGAAUAUAAACUUUAUGAAGCUUUAAAGUUCAUCAUGCUGUAUCAAGUCACUGAAGUAUAUGAACAAAUGAAGACUAAAAACGUCAUUCCCAGUCUUUUUAGACUCCUGUUUUCCAGGGAGACAUCAUCUGACCCUUUGAGUUUCAUGAUGAAUCACCUGAAUUCCAUAGGCGACAGCUGUGGACUAGAGCAGAUUGAUAUGUUUAUACUUGGAUACUCCCUUGAAGUAAAGAUAAAAGUGUUCAGACUGUUCAAGUUUAACUCCAGAGACUUUGAAGUCUGCUACCCAGCGGAGCCUCUCAGGGAGUGGCCAGAGAUCUCCCUGCUGACCGAGAAUGACCGCCACUACCACAUUCCUGUCUUUUAAGUCUGCCUGGGGCAGACAGCCCAGUGCUGGCCAGUGACAGUGGUCACACUUUCAAGUAAAGUAUUUCUCUAAAACCAAAGCUAGCAUUUCAGCCAUGGAAAGAAUUAGGACCUUUCUCUCCAGAAUUACGGGUACUCUAGAUGGAGCAAUACACGGAUGGUUUUCCUUUAUGUUUUAGUGAUUUCCUCUGAAGCAGCUACACUGAUACUACUGGGGGUUAGUGGUUUGACUUUGUCCAUAAGGUUAUUUCACAUGAUGGCAGGCCUUUAAGAGUACAAGGAAGUUUAAUGUGGACAACACCAAAAAAGAGGCAAGAAGAAAGCAAUUAGAGAAAAACAGCUAAACUGGAGAGAAGAAUUUAUCUCUGACCUUUACAUUUUUCAUUAAAAAUCUUAUCUUGGACUGACUUUGAACCAUUAUAAACAUGGCCUUAUUUUAUAAGCAUUACUUUUUCAGGAAUCUUUGUUGUAUAUUAAUUUUCUAGAACCACUUGAUUAACUUUAAAAUUAUAUGUGUGUGUAUAUAUACACAUAUAUACGUUUAUAUAUACACACAUCUGUAUACAUGUAUAGUUUUAUAUAUACAUAUAUAUACAUGUAGACAUACAAAUAACCACUACUUUGUAAUGUUGUACAGUCUGUUUUAUAUCUCUUUACAUAUUUUGUUGCUGUUGUGUCUGACCAACUUAAUCGGUUUUAUUUAGAUAAAAAGGUAAAUUCUGUAGAUUAAAGCCACUGAAUGACAAUUAUGGAACUGUCAGAAAAAUAUUAAACUGUGGUAUAUUUAUUGUG